GUGCGAUUGAUCCUCACAGCCAGUUGCUCUUGUUUCCGCCAUUUUCUUCCAAUAGAAUGGGCUAAGACGCCGCAGCAACAUGGCUGACGACAAUGGAUCUCAGCCGGCCCAUGAGCCGCAGCUCACGCCGGUCGGGGAGAAGUCCCUACCGGCGCGAUGUAAGGCCAGCACCCUGACCUACUGCCCCACGAUGGAUCUCAUCGCGCUGGUGACUGAGGACGACGAGCUACGCGUGUUCCGCCUGAACGGCCAGAAGGUCCUGGGGGGCUCGUUCAAGGGGGAUCCGUAUCUGGAUGAGGAUGAUGGGAGGGGUGAGAUUCGGGCCUUGAGGUGGAAAACUACCGGCCAUCUAAUCGCGGUUGCGUGUGCGGAUAACACCAUCCGCGUCAUCAGCGCUUUCAGUGGGAAAACCGUCCACCAUUACCCGGCCUACCAGCCUGACGGUGAAUCCACUGCCCGCCCGGUCGUCAAGGUCACUUGUUUGGGCUGGGGUGUCAAUUUCACCGAUAGCAAAGCUACCCAGAGACAUCUGCUUGAGGCUGCCGGUCAGGUCUCUGUCGAGGACCUCUUGUCGCCGGAUACCCAUCCCUCCAAGGCUGCUGCCUUGCUCAAGGCAGAUCUGCCGAGGGAGCUGGCCCUACUGGAUAUUGAGUCUUCGUUGCCGAAGUUGAGUACUUUGCCGGCGACGGGGAGCGACGAUGAUGUGUUCAGUUCCCGGGCAUCCAUUGAUGCGAUAUUUCAUUCUAUCUCCAAGAGUACGAGUGACGCAGUCGAUGUGAUGCUGGUCGGAUUUGACGACGGGACUGUUCACCUGCGUAUCUUCGACUGCUUCGAGAUCGGCUCUCUCCAGAUCGGGACCUCCCUCGGAAACGGGGGUCCCUGCCAAAUCCUUCGUCACUCAUCCCAUCCCCUCAGCUCCACUCAUGCGUUGUUGGCGCUGGCGCCCGAGGGCUCCCCCAGUCCGCUGCACCUCCUCACACUUGAUCUUCGCUUCAUCACACGAUCGGGGCGGUAUCUCUCCCUCCUUGCACAUAAGACCACGCAGCUGCAGAACCUGUUGCGGUACAUCGGUCAGGUGCAAAAGCAGAUCGAGCUGGAGUGGAAGAAUGCGCAGGAGCUCCCGGCGCGAUACAUGCGCAGUGUCACCGAGGACCUGCAGGAGAAAUGCCACUGUGAUUUUGUCACGGCUGCGUAUCAUUUGGUUGUGACUGGGGAUUGCUUCGAGCCGUUAAAGGAGUUUCUGGUGGAUAUUGUUGGUGAGAGGGGACACAAGAGAUGGGAGAAGGCUGUGUCGACUGGCUACGAGAAUGUUCGUCGGUUGACUCACGAAUGUCUUCUUCCUGCUUUGGAGAGGUGCGAGGUGUUGCUGAGCCGGCUGAUUGGGCUGUCGAAAUUCUACAAACUGAGCGAGGUGCUUGGGCUGGAGACCUCGGAUUUGAAUGCGAUCGUGGAGACGCUUGACUGUCUUCAUCUUCUGGCUCACCGUAUUAUCAUCCACGCCAAUGAGGAACUGGUCGAGUUCAACUCCUUCUCCCGGUGGUUCCGUCACGAGAUAGACAUGCAAAGUGCAGAGCCCAUGUCCCAGACUCUCGAAGAGCUGAUGGAGAAGACAGAUAUGAUUGAAUACCCGCAGACGCUGGAGUACAUCAGGGGCGCUCUCACCAAGAGCAAGUUGCGGAGGUAUAUCCAACAACUGCCGAUGAUGGGGGUGGCAAGACCGCCACCGACCUCGUCCGAUAAAUGGGCUCCAACCGGCCAUGACAGGUCGUUCUAUGACACGUUCAAGAAAUUACUUAAACAGAGUGAAACCCCCGACGAAGCCCAACCCGCGGAGCUCCCCAAGAUCAACGACUUGACGAAGCGGCUGGGAUUGCAGUUCGAGAGGGUCUUUGGGCAGAUCGCGUUGACGCAGCGCAGAGGAAUUCUCCACCGGUCGCCUCUUACUCUCCAUCCGGACUGCGACAAAGACGUUAUUGAUAUUAAGAUGUGUUGUGAGGACACAGAAAAGAGUCUUUGUGUGAUCUACAUAGCCACCAGAUCGGCCAAGAAGAAGCAUCUGCUCUGUUUCUACCGCGUUGAAUUAGACUCCGAAAACGGCGUGAGCUCUACACGAAAGACCUCAACCGGAGCGUUCGAUCUCCAGGGAGGCGAAAUCCGACAGGUGCAGUUCGUCGAAGACAAUACCGUCAUGGUGCUAUGGUCAAAAGACAAUGGAGCCUCGUACCUGCUCAGUCUGCCCUUCCAGGCUGCGUCGCCCGCGAAGCCUGACCUGGCACCGUUCUCUGUCGACUACGGCAUCCACGACCCUCGCUCCCCCGACCCUGUAACCUCUGCCACAAGCGUGGACCUGUCGUCUCCCGAUUCCCCGUAUACAGAUCUUAUCAAGCACAGCUUCCCCAGUGAUAAAGGGAAGGCACGGCCCAUACGGAUCGACGUCAACGGCCGACGCGGUCGCCGGGCGAUCUGCGUGGUGUAUGGCGAUGCCAUGCGGUACGAGGUGUUGGAUCUGGAUGCGGAGCUGGAAGAGGAGGAGGAGGAGGAGCAGGAGGAUGAGUUCGAGGACUUGGAGUAGAGGAGUAUCUAUUCAGUACGUAGAGGAAUAGAGGGGGUUCAGAGGAGAGGCUCAGAGUACGGAGUACAGAAAACUUCGUCUCUCCCCCCUCCAGUCUGAUUGUUUAUUAUUCCACAGGCCACGACGCAACGAUCUACGUCAUGUCUCAGGAUCGGUUUCACUACUGUCGAACACCAUGACAAUAAAAAAAAGGACGAGGAAACCGAGUCUUUCCCUCGAACAAUACCAAUGAUUGUGU